UUCACAUCUUACAGUUGUCUCUUUCUCAUUUCGAUUUCGCUGCUGAAGAGAUGGGUCUUCUAACGUGUCUACUUUUUGUGAUAUCCGCAUUUUACUUGCCUAUCUCAAAUGGGUACAGGCAGUUUGAGUACUGCAAUGGAACUUCAUGGAUAAAAUUUCAGGGUAACUGCUAUUUGUUCCAGUAUAGAGACAAGAAUCGAGUCUCCUUCUACGAUGCUGAGGACUUCUGCCGCUCCCAAGGGGGUCAUUUAGCAUCCAUCCAUUCAGAAGCAGAGAAUGAAUUUCUUCUAAACACAGCAGAUGAAGGACGCUUCGGAGGUAGAUUUUGGAUCGGACUGAACAUACUUGCUGGUAAAAACAACGAACAGUGGACAGAUGAUACAGCUGUAGAUUAUAGUAAAAAAGUUCUAAAGGAAUACUAUGUGAAUGAAAAAUGUUUCAUACUGAUGCAAAGUAAAAGAGGAUGGAGGCCAGAGGACUGCUCUCUUCACUAUGCACCAUUGUGCAAGAGAUCUGAGAAUGCCAUUCCAACUCCAGUACCACCUGUAACAACGCCUUCUCCUAAAGUUGGUAACUGCCCCAAGAAUUGGAUUCAGUUUGGUGAAAAGUGCUACCGAUACUUUGGUUCUGCCGAGUCCGAUAGACUGCUGUACAAACAAGCUCGAAACGCCUGCUGGGCUCUCGGAGAAAACCAUGACCUAGUAUCCAUUCACAGCAAGGAAGAACAAGCUUUCUUGACACAACAUCUAUACGACCUCGGUACUUCGGCAUGGAUCGGAAUGCAUCAAAUACAAUCGGAUGAAAUCGGGCAUGAUCUUGUAUUCGGAUGGAUGGACCAAUCCCGAACAGAUUUCACCUAUUGGGCAAGAGGGCAUCCGCCUCCCGGCACAUGGAAAUAUUGCGCUUGUUUGAACUACGAAGGAGUUGCAAAAGGCGAGUGGGUUGCCGAUUAUUGCGAAAUCGACAAAAAAGGAUAUAUCUGUCAACGACCUACAGAUCCUGAAAUCCCUGUCCCACCACCGAAGCCUUCUAAAUGCGGUGAGGGUUUUGUGGGCUAUAGAAACUCAUGUUACAAAUUCAUCUCAGAACCUGAAAAUCAUCAAAAUGCAGACAAAACUUGUCAGAAUCUUGGAGGUCACUUGGUAUCAAUUGUUGACAGUUUUGAACAAUCCUUCUUGUUUAAUUUCGUCGAGAAGAAGUUUAAAGCAGUAUGGAAUGGGUUGAAAACUACUCAGGGCACCAGAUAUUUGAGCUGGACUGAUAAACAACCAUUGUAUUAUUCAAACUGGGCGGACAAUCAACCUCAGUUGACACAGGAACAGGAAUUAUGUGUAUCAAUGGAUGUAACAGACGAUUUGAAAUGGAAUGCCACAUCCUGCUCAAGAAAUCUGCCUUUUGUUUGCGAAAUAACAAACGAAAACAUUCCAAAAUUUCCUGAAGCGAUCGGUAGCUGUCCCAGCAGCGAAUCUUCCUGGAUUGACAUAGGAGAUAAAUUCUGUUAUCAUGUUGCCCAGAAUCGUAAUCACAUACUCAGUUGGGACGCAACUUCGCGAUAUUGCCUCACCAGAGGUAUGAAGAUGAUUAGAGUGAAUUCUGAUCACCAAAUGAAGUCAUUAGUUGCGUAUUUAUGGAGAGAAUCCUAUAACGUUCACUUAGGGCUCAUAAGAGCUUUUGAUAAAAAUUCUUUCAUUUGGACUGAUGGAUCAACUCUGGAUUACACCAACUGGGAUAAUAGAGAACCUAAUUCUUAUUCUGAUGACAAAGACUGCGUCGCAUUUGAUCAGACAACUACGAAAUGGAAAAUCAUUAGCUGCAGCAGUGGAGGAGUGGCCGUAUGCCAAGUUCCGAAAAUUGACAAAUUGUAAACACUUUAUAAUGAAGGGGGAAAAAACCCAUAGAUGAGAAAUAAAUUUUGUUGUACGAUCAAAA